UUGAGGGCUCUAACGUUCUCCUUCGUUGAAUCCUCAAUUGAAAAGAAUUCACAUGUGACUUAGUUCCCGUGCAUCGGUCCUGAGAGUCACCAACCUCAGGAUGAAGCUCUGUGCUUUAUUCCUCCUAUUCGCCGUCGCCGUGUCAUGGGUGCUAGCCGACCCCAGGCCCCAGGACACGGAAGAUGAGGUGCCGUUCGACGAAAAUGAAGCGGCAGGGCCGGAAUGCGUUGAAUGCAUCGCCACUUGCAGACGUGAAACCUUGGCCACUUACGAGUACUGUAGACACAACUACUGCGCUCUCCCCUGCUCACCCCCGCUCGCCCCAGAAGUGGGCGGUGGCAUCGGCAGUGCCUGCUACAGCAAUGGAGGAGGCGGAGACACCGGUUGCAUCACGGUCUUUUCCCCUCCUCCUCCUCCUCUCCCUCCACCGCCACCUCCUCCUCCUCCGGCACCUCCUUCUCCUCUGCCUCCUCCGCCUCCUCCGCCUCCUCCGCCUUCUCCGCCUUCUCCGGCGUCCCGUCCUCCUCUGCCGUCCCGUCCUCCUCUGCCGUCCCGUCCUCCUCUGCCGUCCCGUCCUCCUCCGCCGUCCCGUCCUCCUCCGCCACCUCCGCUGUCCCGUCCGCCUCCACCAUCUCCGCCGUCCCGUCCUCCUCCGCCACCUCCGCGACCUACUACUUUCAUGCCCUUCACGCUGAAGCCACCGACGGGGCUACCUACUAUGCCCAAGCCCACGGGGAAGCCGUAGAUAGAAAACAAGAACCUAACCAAAGAAUGCUGGAUGGAGGACUGAUGGACAGCUGCCAUGAAAACCUUGUUGUUGCCUACAUUUCUUCGAUAAAUUAUGGAUUUUUCAAGAAAUGAA